CACCCCCACUACCCGGUCACAACACAAGGCUCCACCUCCACGACUCCGUCGACCGCGUUGGUUAGCAGCAGCGAGCUUCCCGAAUCACUGGCUUCUCCUCCAUGCCGAGGAAAGACAGUCACCCACACCACCACCAACACCACCAUUCGUAUUGUUUAUUUUAAAUCGGCUCUGAAUCCACCGCUGCUGUCAUGGCCUCGGACGGCAUGGACGAACGAUCGCCGCUGCUGUCGGCCCCCAACUCUGAGAACGUCAGCCCGGUGGCCCCCCCGUAUCUGCAGGAGCCGAGCCCCCGAGCCGAACUACCUCCUCCUUACACAGCCAUCGCCAGCCCGGAUGCGGGGGGCAUGCCCGUCAUCAACUGUCGCGUGUGCCAGUCACUCAUCAACCUGGACGGCAAGCUGCACCAGCACGUGGUGAAGUGCACCGUGUGCAACGAGGCCACGCCCAUCAAAAACCCUCCAACAGGGAAGAAGUAUGUGCGGUGUCCCUGCAACUGCCUGCUCAUCUGCAAAGACACGUCCCGGAGGAUAGGCUGUCCCCGACCCAACUGCAGACGCAUCAUCAACCUCAGCCCGGUGAUGGUGAUCCCCGAGGAGCAGCCGGCCCAGCCCGCCCUGCCCGCCCAGCCAGAGGGGCUCCGGGUGGUCUGUGGGCACUGCGGCAGCACCUUCCUGGGCAGCGAGGACGCCAGGUCUUCCCAGCCUCUGGCCCCCCUCCCCACUGACGGCUCCCCCCCAGCCCAGCAACAGUGGAUGGAGCUCCGGUUUAAUACGCUAGCCAAGUGCCCACACUGCAAAAAAAUAUCGUCGGUUGGCAGUGCACUCCCUAGGAGGCGCUGUUGUGCGUACAUCACAGUAGGAAUGAUCUGCAUCUUCGUCGGAGUGGGGCUCACAGUGGGCACCAGAGACUUUGCCAGUCGCUAUAAUGCGGUGUACGUUUCCUGGGCGGUGGCUUACCUGAUCGGUCUCAUCUGUCUGGUACGGGCAUGCUAUUGGGGGGCCAUCAAAGUCAGCUAUCCAGAGAACAGCUUUGCCUAGAAUGGUGCCACACGAAACCCCUGGCUUGGCACAGCCCUGCAUGAAUGGAAUAUUACGCCACUUUUCAUUAUUUUUGUGCUUCUUUUUGUUUCAGAUAUGAAUGGGAGUGUUUGUUACACAGAGCAGAACGUGUGUCGUUCUGAAGUGUGUGGGUGUCUGUCUAUUAUAGGGUGCAUGUUGUACAUUGUGUUUUUAUGAAAUUUGCUGAACGUUUAUGUUGGUCAGUCUCCUCCUACUAGUUUCCAUUGUUGAUGAAACUUGCAUAUAUCUUCCAAGGUGCAGGGGCAAUGAGCCGAAUGGGAACACAUAGGCCUAUGAGAUGAGUCAGAAAGUGGGAUUUAAAUCUCUUUUUGUCUAUCCUUGUCACUCGACAUUGUAAAUGGAUCCCUUGCUGAGCCCAGAUAUUUAGUUUUCAAUCCAGUUGGACUUGAUGUCUCUCUCUCGCUCUCUCUCUCUGUCUCUGAACUUUCAUAUUUUGAUAAGCACUCCUCCGUCUUCACUUGGUGAUACCCAUUCAACAUGUAGUCUUUCAUUCGCAGACCAAAACAAGACGAUGAACUCCUAAGAAAUAUGUGCCCAUUGCACUGCGAUUCAUAUGCAAUAGUACGUGUUGUUUUGCUGCUAGCUAAAAUCGUGGCUUUCGGAAGCUGCAUGUUCAUAUAGUGUAUUUUAACCAUCUACUUCAGCCUUUAAAGGCUGACAACACAUUAUAAGUCUUUGAUUUUAACUCUCGAUGUGAGCAACUUUUAAACAAAUUGUACUUAAAAAUACCUGUGCGUGCCAAUGUUGCUGCCCAGUAUUAGACAAUGAGUGUUUUUGUGUGUGUGUGUGUGUUAUGGCUUGUUUGCCAUGCCAGUUGAGAAUUUAUACUUCAUUUUUAGUUUUUCACUUAAUUUAAGUUGCUUGGAGGAGAUCAUUUUUUAAUCGUUGAUUUUAAAUACGUGGUCAAUCCCAUCUGCAGUAUGAAUCCGUUCGCCACCUCAGUAUUUAUUUUUUGUUUUUUGUUUUGUUUUACAAGGUUGCUAAAGCCUUGAGAUUUGAUUGUGUUUUUAGCCUUUAGCUCCUUCUACCUGUGAUUUUAGAAUGUAAGCCUUCUCCCUCCUUGAGCUGGUUGCCAACUGAGUCAUGUCCUAGCUAGCAUCGCUAUAGGCUAACAACAUUGUGUCUUUUGAACAACGGACACAGUCCAAACUUCUAACCAUGUUCUGAAUGUGAUGAUGAUGGUGAUGAUGCUGUAUCAGAAAGUAUUACUAAUAACGAAAAUAAUACUUUGAACCAGGUUCAAAUUCAAUAGAUAGAACACGGUAGCGUGAGUGGAAUGAAAAAGAUGGCUCUCUGGUCUUUUUAAAAAUGAUAAUUUAUCAAUAAAAUGGAGGAAAAAC